AUGCGCCCUCUCCUCGGUGCGCUAGUCGGCGCGCUCGCUCUCUCGACCUUUGUAUACGCCCAAAGCGAUUUCUCGUCCAAUUGCUCUUCCUUCGUCGAGGCGAUCACUCUUGAGAACGUCACCGUGCAGUCGACGGAGUUCGUCGCCGCUGGCACGAACAUCAGCGUGUACGUGCCCGAGUCGUGCAUGUCGGCCUCGUACCAGGUCGUUAGCAGCAACCUCUGCCGCGCCACGAUGAAUGUCUCGACUUCGGACCGCAGCGGUAUCCGCCUCGAGGCGUGGUUCCCGCAGAACUACACCGGUCGAUUCCUGAGCACGGGUAAUGGCGGAAUUGGAGGAUGCAUCCAGUACAGCGACCUCGACUACGCCGCCUCCCUCGGUUUCGCCGCCGUCGGCGCCAACAACGGCCACGACGGCAUGACCGGCGAGCCCUUCCUCAACAACCCGGACGUCAUCACCGACUUCGCCUGGCGCUCCCUACACACCGGCGUCAUCGUCGGCAAGCAGCUCGUCGAGACCUUCUACGGCGCGCCGCAUAACAAGUCGUACUACCUUGGCUGCUCAACCGGCGGACGACAGGGCUGGAAGAUGGUGCAGGAUUUCCCAGAGGACUUCGAUGGUGUGGUGGCGGGCGCACCGGCGAUGGCGUUCAAUGCCUUGCUGUACUGGAGCGGAUCGUUCUACACGGUUACGGGCACUUCGGACGACCCGACCUUCGUGCCGGUCGACUUUUGGGCGAACAAUAUCCACCAGGCUGUCCUUGAUCAGUGCGACGCGCUCGACGGGGCGACCGAUGGCGUUCUGGAGAACCCGGACCUCUGCGACUUCGACGUGACGCCACUCAUCUGUGCGGAUGGCAACACGACCGACUGCUUGACCGAGACGCAGGCGGAGACCGUGCGCACGGUCCUGAGCGCUAUCUACGACGGGAACGGCACGCUCGUUUACCCGCGCUUGCAGCCGGGCGCGGAGGUGAUGGCAGGGCAGCAGCAGUUCAACGGGCAGCCAUUCGACAUCACUCAGGACUGGUAUCGCUAUGUCAUCUACAACGACUCGACCUGGGACCCCGCGACCCUCACCCUCAACGACUACGCAGUCGCCCUCGCGCAGAACCCCGCCGGCAUAGAGACCUUCAACGGCGACAUCUCAGCCUUCGAGGCCGCUGGCGGAAAGGUCCUCCACUACCACGGUCUCAUGGACGGCUUGAUCUCGUCCGACAACUCCAAGCGCUAUUAUUCCCUUGUGCAGCAAACGAUGGGCAAGGACUCGUCCGAGCUCGACGACUUCUACCGCUUCUUCCCGAUCAGUGGGAUGUCGCACUGCAGUGGGGGCGACGGCGCGUAUAGGAUUGGGAACAUGGAUGGCGGGGCUGGGACGAGUGCGGACGAUAAUGUGCUCAUGUCGAUGGUGCGAUGGGUCGAGGAGGGUGUGGCGCCGGAGGUUGUGCGUGGUGCGAAUGCCAACGUCACUUACUGGCGCUCGCAUUGCAAGUGGCCGCUGACGAACAAGUACGUUGGUCCUGGCUCGUACGAGGAUGAAUCGGCAUGGCAGUGCAGCUAA